AUGAGCAACAAAGGAAGACGCAUGAGCAAUUUGACGAAGCGGGAAGAUGCCGUAGGCCUUUCAAAGGCCGAAGCUCAGACGCCAAGCAACCUCCGUUCCACCGAGCGCAUGCUCAACAUCUGCGCGAUCUACCAACGCACUCAUACCAGUGCCAAUCGCGCCACCCUAUCCUUGCGGAUCCUGCCGCCGCCCGGUUUCGUUAUCCAACCACCAUCUGGUAUACAGCCCCUGGUCCGGGCCCGAUGCAGAAUCAUCCCUCCACCGCUGUUCUGCGACAGUAUCUAUAGAUCUUCAUGCCGCAGUGGCCCCCAUGAUGAGGGGCAUGACGGGUAG